AUGGGAGAUGUGCAGCUAACGAAGGCUAUGUCAAUUGCCCUCUUUGAGAGGUCUUACGACAGACAAUUUGUAGUGGAUUUGGAAAACUCGAUAGUCUCAUUCAUGGACUCCGGACUCAGUUCGUACCAGCUAGUACCAAUGAACUCAUACUACAGGCUCCUGGCUCACCAGAUAGCGGAAUACCACGGUCUCAGACAUGCGCUGGCCAAAAAUAACGACGCAUGUGUGGUCGUUUUCAAGGGAGAGUCGUUUGUGCGGGCCACAGACCGACCUCUGCUGCAAAAACUUGAUCCGCGACAGGUUUCACGAAGCUAUAAGACGCGUGAGUCGGAUUUUUCGAGCAAUAUGGGACCGGGGCGCUCUAGAACUCACUCUAAUCCAAACAUUGUCGCUCCAGGCCAAAAUGAGGAAGUUUAUGAAGUAGGCGAAGAAGCGAGCUCUGGCCUUCCAACGACGCCCCGAAAGUCGCAACUCGCUGCAAUGGAUGACGACUCGCCUCAGCCGCAUCAGUUUCAAACUUCCAGAUACAGGUUUGAGCAGUAUGCGGAAAAACCUCGCCAGAAAAAACGGUUCCACAAACGGUCAGUCUCGCAAAUGUCCCUUCCGGCGUAUUACCAGCCACCGGCGCUAGCGCCCCCUUUCAAUUUGCCUGUUCCAUAUAUGAUGUACAGCCCUUACCCCAUGAUGUACAUCCCGCCAGAGCACCAGUUUCCGGCUUUUCCCCAAGGCCCUCAUCCUUUCCACAUGAGUCAGUACGCAAAUCACUAUCCUCCUGCAGGAUCGCAGAUAACUGAGUCGUCUGGAAGUGGUAGCAGCGUUUUCUCUGGCAGGAAAUCCGAAUCCACAACGGAAAAUAAUAUGUUGCCCGAGUAA